AUGGCUGCCGUGCUGGCCCACGAGGACGUACGGCGGAACAGUGUGAGGCUUCAGCGUGGCUCUCCUGUGCUGACACCCAAGUACUCUGGACCAGGAUCUGCUUUGGUUGGUGGGACGUUGAUCCGAUCCAGAACAGAGCCACAACCUGACACCAGGCGUCCCGGGCAAUCACCGAAUUUAGCUCCAGCUGCUGGAGUGCAUCACUACGUACAAGGCUCUGGUUGUCUGAGUGCUUUGGAAUCUGCCAUGCAGCUGGGACCAAGGGACGAGGAGCUGGACAAGGAUGAAGCAGCAGGGACAGCGACUGCAGCACCUUCAGCUGCACUUGUGGCAGCAGUGCAAAGAGCUGCCAAAGCUGCAAAGCCCGAGGCUUUGGGCUUCUCGCCGGCCUUGGCACAUCACCGGACAUCGCCAUUCCUACGGCCAGAGGAGCCACCUGCAGGUCUUGUUGGCCGACGACGUUGGGCUUCCAUGUCUGAGGAGGAGAUGAUGACAGGCAUCCGCCGAUCCUCAAAGGAGAUGCAUCCUGUGGACCUGGCUGCUUAUCCAUCCCCUGGCAUGUCCCCCACUAUGGCACCUACAUGGCGUGUGGGUCGGGACGCUGCUCCCGAUGCAUGGCCGGGAGCUCGACGGAGGUGGGCAUCCUUAUCGGAUGACGAGGCGGCCUCCCCCAUGCUUUGGCCAAUGAGGUCACCAGGACUACAUGUACAGAGGCCUGGUCGCCGGAGUCAGAGCAGUACACCUUUGCUGGCCCCAACAGGCCUGGCCAAAGUCUCCGAGCAUGCGGCAGUGGAAAGUGAGGACUUCAUGCUGCCACCAACACCACAAGCAACACCAUCCAGCUCCCAGGGGCCGAACAUGUCGCCAACGUCCCAGGGGAAGAAUGUGCCGAUGACACCCGAAAACUACCCGAUGGCCUGGCCCAACUGGGACCCCAAUGCGAUGGGUGGCUUUCCCAGUCAGGUGCCACCAGCCUGGCCUCAGAUGUGGAUUAUGCCUCGCGAGAAUUCUGGCUGGCCCCAGGUCGAUGUGCCUGGUUAUCCUGGCAUGCCUGGGGUCAACGAGAUGGGAGGCUAUCCUCCAGUGGGCAACCACUUCGGCUGGAUGCCGAUGGGCCCAGAGGCUCAGAUGUGGCUCCCAUCAGAAGCGAAUGAGAUGCCUGGUGAGCUGUCUGGCCCUUGGAUGCAGUUUGAAGACUCAGCGCAAGCUGUGUCAGCUGCUGGUCCGGCACCUGCUGGCACUGGUGGAGCUUCGUGGUCGCUCGUCUGGAUCGGAGAACGAGCUUCCCGAGCACAGGCGUCCGAGAAGGAAGAGCUUGAACAGCUGGGCUUUACCGUGAAGAUCUACAGGACUCAUGAUCGGUGCAGCCGCGUUCUCGACAAGAAGAGUACUCUCGCAGCAACCACUGUCUUCUUGAUUUCGGAGGCAGAGGCGGCACCCAUGCUUGAAUACCUUCAGAAGCGUGGUGCGAGUGGCCUUCGAGUCUUGGUGGAAGCUGAUGGCUACAGCCCAGAGCAGGCAUGGGAGUUGAACAAGUCCUUGCCCACCCUGGAGGACUUCGCUUGGCCUUGGGGCCUUCUGGCCACCUUGGCCAUGUGGGAAGGCGACUUCUCCUUGAAGCUCUACAAGAUCGAGACGAGGCGCUGGCCCGGCAGGCCUGCGAAGCAGCUGCGAAGCAGUUUGAUCGUUGAGGCACAUGAGCUGAUCCAACGGCAGGCGAACUUGGAAGCACGUGACCGGCGGCAUCGUUUUGCUGCCUUGCACUUGGUGAGUGCCCGUGGAGGUCUGGGUGGCUCUUGGUUUUGCCGCUUUGCGGAGGUGGAUUUGUGCGGUGGUGGUAGCUUUGCUCGUUUGGUGAGUGGUGCAUCAGAUGUGGAAGAGACCUUCUUCCGUUCUGAGACCCAACCUGUCCUCCAUCAGCCACUUGAUCCGAAGCUGGCUCAUGCACACCUGGAGAUUGCAGCGUUUGCAAAGAACAUCUCCCUCCUGGACAGCUUAGCCGAAGACCUGGUAAAGGCACUGGAUGAUUUGGAAACUGCAGCGCACCAAGUGCGGUUGAGGCAGCGAGGCUACUCGCUGCUGCGCUUCUUGGGUCUGGAGCGCGAGGAAGACUCCGUGCCCACGUUGGAAGCUCCCCUUCUCGCAAGGUCGACCAGAUUCCAUCCCAGGGAUAUGACCCCAAAGGCGAAGAUGGUUCUGCAGAUGCGUGGCAGGUUCAUGAGUCUUUUGAAUGACUCCCUCGGCUACGUAAAGGAGCAUCCCAACCAAGAAGGUGUGGCCCUCUUCCACCAACGCAUCACCAUGGCCCUCAACAUCAUCGGUGAUGCCGACCAGCCGGCACAGGUCUUAGCCGCGGUGAAGGAGAUUCGAAGGCUCUUUCCCUUCGAAGUUGACCCGUUGGAUGAUAUGCCAUUCCUGGCCGUGUACAUGUGCUCUUUGAGAAUACGCUGGUCGUACUUCUUAUUGUGUGCAUUGUUCACUGCACUGGCACUCUUUGCGGGCACCAUCACGGAGCUCUUCUUUGCUGUGUUUGCUGAUGGGGACAAGUUGGACUUUCAGGUUUGGCUCAGCUUUUGGUUGUUGCCUUUUGGUGCAAUGCUUUUGGCUUUGGUGGGUGACGAGAUGAGCGACCUCGUCAUCGACGCAAUAGAUCGUCCGCCACUCCUGUGGUGCCUCGCGCUCCUGUUGGCUGCUUUGCAACGCGACCGGCGAUUAGCACCUGCGCGCAGUAGCUGUGAGAUGGUUGAUUUGCUGCUGGUGGUCUUGUCAGAGUUGGUCCCGUUGACCUUCGCUUUGAGGGGUUUCUUGUUGCGCAAAGGAUUCUGGCAUGGCUACAUGCAAGGCGGGCUGGUCGCUGCCUUUCUACUGACUGUUGCAGUUCUCCUGGCAGACUUGGCCAUUGCUAUCCAUGGGUUGCAAGCGCAACAGGCACUGCGACAUAUCUACCAUGUGCUGGACAAGCACAAGAUCUUCCCGGGGAUCCUGUCCGUCCGGUAUGACACCUUUCGGGCACACUUUGAGCAAGUCUCAAGUGAAGAGUCCAGUGAGAGAAGUUGCCAGCGCUUUGCCACCUUGAUCCACCGGUCCUGGAAGAGCCUGGCUUCCGUGGUGUCGGACAGUUGGGCCUCGAGCCGAGCAGCGAUGUCGGGAAUUUGGCAAAUUCCUUCAGUGCUGGGGGCGUGGACCGUGAUCUCCGCCCUGGCCAUGCAGGAAGUGAUCGAUUUUCCAGUGUGCAUCAGUGCCAUCAUGAUGGUGAUCACGGUGGCUACGAUGUCCUUGAAGAUGGCCUGGACUUUUCCAGACAUUGCAGGACCCUUUUACACCGUGAUUCUCAUUUUCUUCGUCUCUGCAGCUUUGGGAUUGCAGGUUGGUGGAGCCUUCUCACUGGCUCCCAAGGCUGCAGUGGAGCCUUUGAUGAAUUCUCGCCCAGGCGAUGAACCCUUGCUGCCUCUGUGGCGCGGGAAUGACAUGCCGCCCUAUGCUGCCUGCCACAUCACCUGGGGCUCGCGUGACGCUCAGCUCUCGCAGCUGGACAUGGCGGCCUUGGCCCUUAUCGCCUACGAGGAAAACUGCGACGAGAUGGAUCGAUUGCUCAAGGAGAGCUUUGGCAAGCGAUCCCCAAGGUUGGAGCAUUGCAGCAGCUACAGUGAGUUGCCUCGCUGGGUGGCUGUGCGCUUCUCACCUACACAUGGUAUAGGAUGUGGCACGCGGGUCUUUGCAUUGAAGGGCACCUCCUCGUGGCGUGAUGUCUAUGCAGACAUUAAGCUCUUUGCCACCAUCGAGGUGCUGCAGGCCCUGUCCAAGAUCGUGCCAAUCUUGUCGCUUUUGCCCGUCGCCUUAGUGCAAGGCAUUGUAGGAUACACAGGCAACGCUGAUGCGCAUGUUUGGAAAAGCUUGGAGGAUGCGAUCAUUGCCAGUGAGAAGGAUAGGUCCGAUGCUACGGUUUUGACGGGUCACUCCUUGGGCGGCUGCAUCGCACAGAUCGUGGCAGCGAGGCAGCAGCUGCCUGCCUUGGUCUUCUCUUCUCCAGGAGUGCUGUACUCCGCACGGCGUUUCCAAAUCGUGCCUGAAAGCGCUCGCCAUGUCGUUGUGGUGGUGCCAGACGGCGAUGUGAUUGCCACAGUGGAUGAACAUGCAGGCGUGGUGCAGCGAAUCGCUUGCUUCAAGAAGAAUGGCCAGGCUGCUUCUACUGCCACCUGCCAUCGCCUGCGAAAGACUGCAUGCGAAGUGUGGCGUGCUUGUGGUGAUGCCUGGGGGCGGGACUUCUCAACCACCUGUGGCGGCUAUGUGUCGCCGGAUAUCCUUGGGAAAUCAUUGAUCGAACUUCAAGCAAUUUGGGAGGCUGACAAGAGCCCUAUUCCGGGGGAGAUGGGUAUCCAUGAGCUGCAACAGUUGCCGGGGGAGAUGUCCUCCAAGGCCAAACGUCUGAAGCGCUUGGUGGAAUCUGAUCCACCUUGA